AUGGUGCUCCUGCUGCUGUCCUGUUUGGCCACACUGGCCACCAGCAUCUUCUCCAUGGAGCAGGAGAUACUGACACCCCUGGGUGCUGGGUCCCGGCCACCGGCCCUGUAUCCCGGGUUCCAUGCCGCCCCUGAGAUCGGCAUCGCCUACAAAGUCCUGGAGGGCUUCCCAAGAGGCCACCUCGUUCUCCUAACUUGCCACCGGCCUGAGGUGCCCCCGCCCAUCGCCUGCUCCCUCUGGGGGAGCAGGGACAUCGAGGUUGCCGAGAAGGUGGUGAAGACCCAAGACCUAGCCUUCUUCAGCAUCCACGCCACGCUCAAGUCCAGGCCAGACCUGCUCAGCCACUCCUGCCCGGCGGCCACCAGGGGCACGCACACGGCCAGCGCCAAGCCGUAGAGGCACUGGGAGCUGUGGACCAGUGACCCAUGUCACCGCUUGCAAGCUGACUUCACCCUGCUGGACAGAGGGUCAGGCCCCACAGUUGAGAUGUCCUCCCAGGCACCUGUGGGCAGCCCUCCCAUCACCUACAGCCUGGUCAGGAAGGACGGGCAUGUCCACGUGCAGCAGAGACCACGCCACGGGCAGCCUGCCAGCUUCUCCUUCCCCCUGACCCAGACGUUGGACUGGUUCCAGUGCCGGGCUGACAAUGGCGUCAGUGUCCAGAGCAGCCCCUUCACGCUCGUGCCCCAGGUGAGAGGGCCCUUGGUUUCCGGAGGGGCAGCCGGCACUCCAGGGCAGGUGGGCGGGAGGUAGAAGAGCCCCAUCUGGCCACUGCCAGG